CUUCCGCUGGCGCGGGAAACGAACAGAGUGUGGGCCGCGCGCAGCUGCAGUAGCUUGUUCUUCUCUGCAGAGCUGCUGAAGGGUGUGUUUGUGCAGGACGAGCUGUUAAAGAGUAAUGCCUGUCACCCGCUCCAAGAAACUGGCGGUCCAGCCUGCAUCCACCAGGAUGAGUUUGGUAAGAGUUUGCAGCAUCCCACUGGCUCCAAUAGAGACCUCCUCCUCUACCUCCGAUGACAGCUGCGACAGCUUUGGCUCCGAUGGAGGCUUUGCAACUACGAGGAGGAGCAGCUUAAGACAGUCUAGGAGGACGGCAGGGAAACCAAAGGUGUCUAAAGCUACAUCCGAGGAGGAUACAUGUAGUGGGUUUGAGGAGAGUGUGAUCAACACUGGUAUGAAAGCCAUGAAAGUAGAUUCUGAAUCUCUGAGACGUGGCCACAGGUCCAAAGUUCUGAAGGUUGCCAUGAUGUUUCCCACUAAAGCGACUGGCAAGAAGAGGCCUGCAUCCAAACCACUUCCUCAACUGAAAGUGCAGGAUCCUGACUCCGACUCGGAGGAAGAGGGGAACUUCAUGGCCAAGAGAGCCAUGAAUAUUAAGGAGAACAAAGAAAUGCUUGCGAAGCUCAUGGCAGAGCUGAACAAAGUGCCUGGAUUCUUCCCCGGUCGGAUGGCAAUGUCGACAUCUAAUACGCCCCGACAGACACCUCGGCGGUGCAUGGGAACCCCGAGAAAAUCUACCCCGAGAAAUCUCAGAAGAAACCCAGAACGUUUGUCUCGCCCCCAUACACGAUCCCGCACGCUUGUGGAUGGACCCCCCAGCCCCACUCCACAAGAGGAGCCUGAGGAUAAGUUCAGCUUGGUUCGUCAAAGCCGCUACUAUGAGGAAGAUGAUGAGCCACCUCGCCGUCGUACGUUUAAUGGUACCAAGGCCAUCCCUCACGUAGUGCGGCCUGUGGAGGACAUCACGGAGGCAGAGCUGCAGGGGAUCUGCCACAAUGUGCGGGAGAAAGUCUACAACAGCUCCACUGGAUCUACUUGUCACCAGUGCCGCCAGAAGACAACAGACACCAAAACUAACUGCCGAAAUCCAGAGUGUGUCGGGGUGAGAGGUCAGUUCUGCGGCCCGUGUCUCCGUAACCGCUAUGGGGAGGAGGUCCGAGACGCUCUGCUGAAUCCGGAGUGGCAGUGCCCGCCUUGCAGAGGGAUCUGUAAUUGCAGCUUCUGUCGCGCCCGAGAAGGUCGCUGCGCCACAGGAGUGCUGGUUUACCUGGCUAAAUAUCACGGCUUUGAUAACGUGCACGCUUACCUGAGAAGCUUGAAGAAGGAACUGGAGGAGAGCAGCGAGUGAACGAAGGAGGUGAUCGUGGACCUGACUGACGUGCUCUGUGACCGCUCUGACACGUGCACAGUUUAAAUAUUGCUCCCAGUGUUUCAAGAACUAUAACAAUAUAUUGGUCAUGUUUGUCAAAUUUCACACAUUUUUCUUUUGAGCAGUGAUAUCUGGAGGGGGCACGCACGCACACAGCCAGUCCCCUCUGUUGUAAAGCUUUCAUUGUUUUGUUCUGCCACAUAUUUUCCUGCCUGUUCUCAUGAGCUGAGCCUUUACAUUAGGACUGGUUGGUUGUGAACUACCAUGCAAGCCAAUUUUAGUAAAAUGCAUUAAAACAUAAAUUGCUAAUUUGUCCAAAGAACCCUCUGUGGACUUGAAUAUUUUAUGAUGACUGUAUUGUCCUCUGAUGUACAUAUUCCCUGAGCAUGUAUAAAUCUCUUUUUAUACCUGAAUUAUCUUACUUGCUGCAAAAAAUGUUUUAGGCUUGCAUAAAUGAUAUACUGUUGUUUAUAUUGUUUUAAAUGAAUAUGAAUUAGUGAGCCAUCUUAGUUCCCUUUUCCAAAUGUAUGCUUGUGUUUUUACAAGUUUAGGCUUUGUGUAAAUGCGAGAAAAAAUGAUUUUGAUUUACUGGGGCUGACCUGUAGAAAAGGUCCAGCGAUCUGCAUGCUACUGCGAUGGUGCAAGUGGAAAGGGCACCGACUGGGGUUCGCUGCCUCUCACUUCUAAACCAAGAGGAACUGUGUGAUAUACUACAGCGCCUGGUUAAAUCUCCCUCAUUAGAUAACUGGCACUAAUGGUGUGGAAACAAUUAGCACACUAAUGGGAACCUUAUACCUGUAAAUCAUUUUAUCCUGUUAAAGUACGUUCUCGCUGUGCUCAAGUCUGUGGCUCAUUUUCUGCCUUACACUGUUGAGUAGGAAUGGCUGAAGGUGCUGCUGCAGUGGCGGUAGAGUUAUGGCCUGCAUUUCCUGUUCACAAGUGUGGUACUCUACACAAAAUGACAUGGAAUUAACCUCUGUGUUGUUCAUCUUUGAAAAUGUGCUUCACUCGACCUGCACCAGGAUGUACUCUGAUUACGUGAUACUGUUUUGAAAUAAUCAACGGUUGAGGUUUCUUCUGUACUGUAAUGGCAGGUGGAGGUUAUCUUACUGCAGCUGAUGUUUGUCAGGCACCGCACUCCUAACAGGAAGAGUGGUGCCGCACUGUUGAUGUAUGCUUUGUGCUCAUAGGGUUAACUGUACAUUUUCAUUAAAGUGUUAAUCACUGCA